AUGGCGGCUCCCAGUGUGUUCUGCCCGGGGCUCUUCCGGCACAAAGUGGCGAUUGUCACCGGGGGAGGAACCGGCAUCGGCAAAUCUAUAACGGCCGAGCUGCUGGAACUAGGUCAGCCCCAUCACCCUCAGCCAUCCCUCCCACUGACAGCCCCAUCACCCUCAGCCAUCCCUCCCACUGACAGCCCCAUCACUCUCAGCCAUCCCUCCCACUGACAGCCCCCAUCACCCUCAGCCAUCACUCCCACUGACAGCCCCAUCGCCCUCAGCCAUCCCUCCCACUGACAGCCCCAUCACCCUCAGCCAUCCCUCCCACUGACAGCCACUGGGAUCCCAGCCAUAUCCCGCAUCACCCUCAGCCAUCCCAGCCAAGUUUUAUGUGAAGGACAACGACCCCUCCCAUCACUUUCAGCCAACAUUAUUAAUGCCAGACACUGAGAUUCCGAGCCGUGCCCGUAUAAUAUCCCCCAUCACCCUCAGCCAUACCUCUCACUGACAGCUACUGGGAUCCCGACCAUGCAUGUCAUAUCCCCCCAUCACCCUUAGCCAUCUCUCACACUGACAGCCACUGGGAUCCAAGCAAUGCCUGUCAUAUCCCCCAUCACCCUCAGCCAUCACUCUCACUGACAGCCACUGGGAUCACAGUCAUGCCUGUCAUAUUCCCCCCAUCACUGUCAGCCAUCCCUCUCACUGACAGCCACUCUGAUCCCUGCCAAGCUUGUGUAAUCACCCCCACCAUCACUCACAGCCACCUCUCUCACUGCGAACCCCCAGGCUUCAUGUAAAGAGCAGAGUCUGACCAUUCCCAUUAUCCUGACAUCCAUCUGUAAUCCCAGCUCUGUUAGAUCCCCUUCUAUAACUGUCAGUCAUCCCUCCCACUACUGCUCCCAGCUAUGCUUCAUAUCUUACCAAUACAAACACCCUCAGUCAUGCCUCUUAUGAUCAACAACUAGGAUCCCAGACAAGUUUAAUGUUAGACCGCUCCUAUAACUCUCAGUGAAGUAAAGAGGAGAAUAGGAGCAAUAUGACAUAUUUAUCAAGGCAAAAAUUUUGCUAUGCUGCAACAAAGUGUUAAACAAGGAGCAGUUGCCAUGGAAACUAACAGAAUGUCUACAGACAUUUCGCACUUUGCGUCAGAAUAACAUUUUUGCCUUAAUACAUCUUCCCCAAUGUGUGCGUUAUUUAAUUUAUCUUUACACCCCAAGCAAUGACAGUGUAAAUAACAAUGUGUACAGACAUUCCAGAUUAUUUGUUCUACUUAUUUAUUUGGACUGAGAGAUACAAGACAGGGAUCAGGAAUAAUAAAAAGGCUGUGUUCAAUAAAAUGUGACUAUUGGUGUGCAAAAAUUGUUGGACUAAGAAAAUAUACAAAUUGUGCUAUUAUACAGUGACUUAUCAUUUAGUGCAAAAUCAACCGAUCUUCAAAUAAAGCACUCCUGUGAUUUUUAUUUAGUUUACACACCCAAUAACAAUAAAGUGACAAACAGUGCUGAGUAAUGUGGUAAAGCAUCCAAACCAGUGUAUAUUGGGAAUACACAUACCGAGUUUAUAUUAUGCACACAACUAACUAUUUUCUUAGUACACACAGGGUGAUUUACUAAAAUUGCUGGAAAUUUAAAAUGAAUUUCAAACUCAAGGCCAAAAUAGUCCAACUGGAAGCAUAGCUGACUUGGAGAAUUGUUCCAGAUUGACUGACUACUUUGGCCUUGCGUUUAAAAUUCACUUUGAAUUUCCCACAAUUCUCAGUCUCCGAAUAGCCCCAAUGGUUGUCAUGGAAAAUAGAAGCAAAGAUAAAAGAUCCAAUUGGUUAAUAAAACUCUAAAAGUCCUUUUAAUUGUGUGGCGCUUGAGAUAGUGUGUUGUACUAUAUGAUCUUUUAUGGUUAAUUUUCAUGACAACUUAAUAUUAUGUAUUAAGAAAAUAGUUGGGCAUAUAAUGUAUAAGCAGUGCAUAUAAUAUAUAAUUAUCCUAAUUGGGCUGAUUCUGAAAACAUUCAAACUCUAAUAUUUGACCAGUUUUUUUUGUUUAUUUGUUUUUAGUUUUUGUUUUGUUUUGUUUUUUUGCAUUGAUUCUGCCAGCUAUUCGGUAAGUGGUUACAUUUUGGGCCUCUUCUUACAAUCAAAAUACACAAGUGAUGCACAAUUCCAAAAUGACCAAUGUAUAUUUCCCCAGUCUGCAAAUUUGUGGUUCCUGCUCUCAGUUCUUGUGAAUGAAAACCCACAUCACAAUAAUUUCUGUUGUAUUUGUACAAUGUGCACGGGAUCUGAUUUCAGGGUUCACACAAUAUAAAGAGGGAAAAUAUAAACACAAAUAAAAUAUAUUUCUGCUUUAAUGUUUAUGCUGGUGUUACAGCACUUUUGCAUUUUAUGUUGUGUGUCUGGACUGGCUACUUGCAAUAUGUAAAUGUGUCUCAAUCAGCGAGAAAUAUGUUUCUCCCCCUAUAUACCACAUGAACCACAAGCUGCGUUAAUUAAGGUCAUAUUGCUUCCCACACAUCUUGUGUUUAGAUUGCCAUCCUGCACACCACUGUUGCAAAGAGUCGCUAUUUGGGUAAAACAAACUGCAAAGAUUCCCUACUUUUCCAUAUCCAGUAUUUUGUAAUUCUUUUCAGUUUUUCAAAACUUCCAGUUUAUUGAAUCUGACUUUUUUAGGUAUUUUUUUUGUCAAAUUAGAUUGCAGUUUUUUGCAAUUCAUAAGUAAUUAAGCCCCUUUGUAUCUAUUACUUUAAGUUUGAGAUUAAUUUGCAUAUAAACCUGUCAUGCUGACUGUCAAUCCUUUAACUUAAAUACAGUAAAACGUUUAGAUUUUCUGUUAACACACACUACACACAAAUUACAAUUAUUUACAAAGUAUGAUGCCAAACCCUAUUGGUUUUAAAAUGUUACUUUUUCUUAAAAUGACAUCAUUUCUUUUGUUUGGUUCCAGGUUGCAGUGUGAUCAUCGCCUCCCGCAAUGGGGACCGUUUAAAAGAAGCUGCCAAAGAGCUUACAAUUAAAAUUUCCCCAUCAAGUCCCUCCGUACUGACACCACUUCAAUGUAAUGUCCGCAGAGAGGAAGAGGUAAGGAAACUAUAAAAUGGAUAACGACAUCACAAAUUCCUUAUAGGGAACCAGUGAGUCUCCAGUAUCACUGUAGUCUAUACAUCUACAAGCACAUAAUUAUUUUGUAACAUUAGCAAAUGUUUAUUAAAAAAAACCAUGUAUAACGUGAUAUAGCCAAACAUGAUAUGCAGUUUGUUCAUAUUGGCAAUAGACUUGUGCAUUUGGUUUUAAAUGAAAUGGUAUUCGUUCAAAUUCCAUAACUCCGAAGCACCAUAUCGAUGUACCACGAGUAAGCGGACAGUGAACGUGCACAUUGAGCACAUUUGUUUAUUUUUCACUAAAAUAGUGCGAAAAUGUGUCUGUCAGUGUGCUGUAAUAUAUAUAUAUAAGUACUAUGUAUAUAUUUUGAUGUACACUGAUAGGUGCAUUUGUGCACGAUUUGGUUUACAGAUCAAGUGAUAAGAAGUCACCAACAGAGGGGGAAAGGAGGAGCAGUAACAUUUUACAUUUCUAUAUUUAUUAAAUAUAUAAAUGUAGACUUUGUUUUACUUCUCCUUUUUCCCCUCUUUUGGUCAUUUCACACUCAAUCUGUGAAUAAAAUCAAUAUUUAGAGGCUUUCUCCUAACCAUCAAUCAUUUUUUUCCCCCCAAUAAUCAUCUCGGACGAAACUGCAAAACAAAUGAAACAGCUCGUCCAUUCCUUGUUUCAGACAACUCGAUGAUCUUCCAAAAUUCAGACUAAUCGCAAUUCUUUUUAAACUGAAUGCACAAGUCUAAUUUUCAGUUCACUAAAAUACUAAUGUUUAGUGAAAAAUCUCCUGUACGUUUAUUUAAAGGACCACUAUAGGCACUCAGACCACUUCAGCUCAAUGAAGCGGUCUGGGUGCCAGGUCCCCCAGGUUUUAACUAUAGGUUUUAAGCUAUGUUUACAUUGAGGGUUAAUCCAGCCUCUAGUGACUGUCUCCCUGACAGCCACCAGAGGCCGCUUCCGCAAUUCUCAGUGUUAAAAUCGCAUUGAUGACACACUGGACGUCCACAGGAAAGCAUUUAGUAAUGCUUUCCUAUGGGCGGGUUGAAUGCAUUUGUGGCUCUCGCCACGCAUGCGCAUUCGGACCUGACGUCGGCAUCAGGAGGGGACUACAUGGGGGACUUCAUAUUCUGGGCAUUUCUCCCAUCAGGCACUGCUGCACGAGAGGGAUACUCCCACUGGAAUAUACCGUUAAGUGGAUUAUCCCUCCGUGCAGCAGAACCGACAAUUCACUUUUAAAUACAUAACUUUAGAGGCUUUCUCCUAACCAUCAAUCAUUUUUUUCCCCCCAAUAAUCAUCUCGGACGAAACUGCAAAACAAAUGAAACAGCUCGUCCAUUCCUUGUUUCAGACAACUCGAUGAUCUUCCAAAAUUCAGACUAAUCGCAAUUCUUUUUAAACUGAAUGCACAAGUCUAAUUUUCAGUUCACUAAAAUACUAAUGUUUAGUGAAAAAUCUCCUGUACGUUUAUUUAAAGGACCACUAUAGGCACUCAGACCACUUCAGCUCAAUGAAGCGGUCUGGGUGCCAGGUCCCCCAGGUUUUAACUAUAGGUUUUAAGCUAUGUUUACAUUGAGGGUUAAUCCAGCCUCUAGUGACUGUCUCCCUGACAGCCACCAGAGGCCGCUUCCGCAAUUCUCAGUGUGAAAAUCGCAUUGAUGACACACUGGACGUCCACAGGAAAGCAUUUAGUAAUGCUUUCCUAUGGGCGGGUUGAAUGCAUUUGUGGCUCUCGCCACGCAUGCGCAUUCGGACCUGACGUCGGCAUCAGGAGGUCACCAGUGUAGCGGAGCGGCAAUAUUAAAUCCCACGAUCUCCGCUGGUUAAGACGGUAAUCCACAGUCAAGCGCUGAAAAGCAAGGCAAUAUCCCAAAUCCCCCAGUAACCGGACGUUCUGGGAGUCAACUGAGGUCUUUAUUCACAGCUCCAGUAUUUAUGCAAGUCCCCAUGCAAGGGGUUUCCCUACUGACAUAGCAGGGGUAACACAGUAGGGGACUACAUGGGGGACUUCAUAUUCUGGGCAUUUCUCCCAUCAGGCACUGCUGCACGAGAGGGAUACUCCCACUGGAAUAUACCGUUAAGUGGAUUAUCCCUCCGUGCAGCAGAACCGACAAUUCACUUUUAAAUACAUAACUUUUUCGAAUACUUGGCAGAUUUAAACGAAUGGACGUUCGGUAGAUAGCUGGGGUCUGAGUGCACAGUUCGUGAGAAUACCGCUCAGAUCCCAGCUAAAACAACCGAACUUCGUACGAAAUACACUUUGCCAUAGAGUUCGCCCCAAAAUACUGAACACCGAUGGGGAACCCUAAUGGCGAAAGACCGGAGCUCCCGAACGGCCUGGAAGUCCAGUGGUGUUCGCGCCGUCGAGUAGCCGUUUUCAGUUCCACGCACUCGACGACCAAACACCGCUGGGGAGACAAAGGAUCCAAGAUGGCCGACCGCCGCGUGGUCGGUAGCCGAACGGCGGCCACCUAGGAGAGCCUCUAAUUACCGACUGCAACAUUGUUGCAAUCGGUUAACGACCGCCACACGUCCCUCUGUGUGUGAGCUAUUAGGAGGUCGCUCAUUCGGGUCACGAACAGCCCGCAAUGGUGCUGUUCGUGAAACGAAACACAUGAAUGCUAGCGGCUUACGGCAGCUAGCAUACGAAUUCAAUACAGCAUAUAUUAACACACAGGAUACAGCCAGGCAAUAUAAAAGUUACAGGAAUAAUACAGGCAACCUUUUUAUAUACAUAGUCCAGAUUAUUACAAGUGGCUAGGUUUGCCACAACCAGUGCCUGCUUAAGGUAAGUGGCUGAAUGGGUUUUAAGCCCUUCUGCCCAGUGAGAGGGGUCUUUGAGGGAGGUGGGGAACUAAAAACCCUAUAGUGCCAGGAAAACGAGUUUGCUUUCCUGGCACUAUAAUGCUCCUUUACCAGCAUGUUGCUUCUACACAGUUGAUAUGACUGUGAAACCUGUUUUUGUUUUCUGUAUUUUAGCAAAGCACAGCUUUAGUUUGUAACCAAAUCUGCAGACAUAUUAUAAACCUCAAAUUUUUGGCUGUUGUUUUAUUAUUAAAGUACAUAAUUCCACAAAAUCAGAAUCUUCUUUUUUGUGAAUUUUUUAAAUGAUGUUGCAAAUGCAGAAAACGGCUUUUAUCAACAUAGGUGGAAUCCCUUGUAAAAUCUACGUUAGAUAUACACGGGAGGAUUGAUUUCCUGGUAAACAAUGGCGGGGGUCAGUUCAGAAGUCCCAGCGAAGCAAUCAGUUCCAAAGGGUGGAAUGCGGUGAUAGAAACUAACCUCACAGGAACAUUUUAUUGCUGUAAAGCAGGUAAACUAUAAAUAUGGUUACACAAUGUAUAAAACUAUGAACCCUGUGCCAAGUUAAAAAACCGCUAUAGAAAAACUUUUUGAAAAACUUGUUUUAGAUUUCUUGAAAUCACUUGUUAGGAAUAUGGGGUCAUAGGAAAUAAUAGGAUGAAGAUAGAAAUGUUUGUUUUUCUGUGAAGCAAUUUGUCACAUUGUAAAUGAGCUGCAAAAUUACAUACAUGCUCUAUCACUACAUAUGAUAACACUAAAUAACUCUAGAUGGAUAAAUACAUGUUUCCAGGAGCCAGAAAAGUUAUAAGUAUAAGGAUAAAGUUGGGAUGUAGGAGGUAUAAGUUAUAGAAUGAGGUUGGGAUGUAGGAGGUAUACGUUAUAGAAGGAAGUUGGGAUGGAGAAGGUAUAAGUUAUAGAAUGAAGUUGGGAUGUAGGAGGUAUACGUUAUAGAAUUAAGUUGGGAUGUAGGAGGUAUAAGUUAUAGAAUGAGGUUGGGAUGUUGAAGGUAUAAGUUAUAGAAUUAAGUUGGGAUGUAGGAGGUAUAAGUUAUAGAAUGAGGUUGGGAUGGAGAAGGUAUAAGUUAUAAAAUUAAGUUAGGGUGUAGGGAGUAUAAGUUAUAGAAUGAAGUUGGGAUGUAGGAGGUAUAAGUUAUAGAAUUAAGUUGGGAUGUAGGGGGUAUAAGUUAUAGAAUGAGGUUGGGAUGUUGAAGGUAUAAGUUAUAGAAUGAAGUUGGGAUGUAGGAGGUAUAAGUUAUAGAAUGAAGUUGGGAUGUAGGAGGUAUACGUUAUAGAAUGAGGUUGGGAUGUAGGAGGUAUACGUUAUAGAAUGAGGUUGGGAUGUAGGAGGUAUACGUUAUAGAAUGAGGUUGGGAUGUAGGAGGUAUAAGUGGUAGAAUGAAGUUGGGAUGAAGAAGGUAUAGGAUAUCGAAUGAAGAUGGGGUGGGGGAGAUAUAAGUGAUAGAAUGACAUUAAGAUGGAGGUUAUAUAAGUGAUAGAAUGUACACAUGAUAGUGUGACAUAGGGAUGGAGGAGGUGUAAGUAAUAGAAUGAAGAGGGAAUGGAGGAAGUAUAAGUGAUAGAAUGAAGAGGGGAUGUUGGAGCUAUAAGUGAUAGUGUGAUGUUGGGAUAGAGGAGGUGUAAGUAAUAGAAUGAAGAGGGGAUGGAGGAAGUAUAAGCGAUAGAAUGAAGAGGGGAUGGAGGAAGUAUAAGCCAUAGAAUGAUGUUAGGAUGGAGGAGAUAUAAGCGAUUUAUUGUUCAUGGUGCAGGAAGUGUAUGACAGUGAUUUGGGGAGUGAUGUUAGUAUUUUUCACUGCUGAUUUCUCUUCCUAGCCUAUUAACACGCUGCCUCUUCCUGUGCACAGUGUAUAAUGCCUGGAUGAAGGAACAUGGAGGAUCCAUUGUAAAUAUCGUAAUGAACAUGUGGAAAGGGUUUCCUGACAUGGCGUAAGAAUUUAGUGUAUAUCUGUAUCCAAAAUGUAUUGUUAACACUGUGCCCUGCUUCAGCCCAAUAAAUACACAAUGGAAGUUUUAACAUAAUGCUUUUUCCAGUUUAAUAUCUCCAUUCCGCCUUUUGAAACGGAAUGGUGAAAGGUUGUAGGGAUCAAAGUACAGUAUGAUAUGGUGAAAGAGUGAAAGCCUUAGCAUGUGCCCUAUUCACCUCCACAAUGCUAUUUUCAUCAUUUCUGUAAGAUAUGAAGGUUUUGGUAAAGUAGUCUUUCCCAUUGCACCCCCAUCACAUCUUUUACUUUAAUUGGUUGAACUCUUGCUGUAAUCAUUGCAUCUUAGUAUAGCCAUUGUCUUUAUCUGUAAAUGUAUAGAACGAGAGCAAGCUCUUCUGUUAUUAGAUAUAAUAUUUUGUCUUCUUUCUGUCCCUAAUAGGCAUUCAGGAGCAGCACGAGCGGCUGUGGAUAAUCUGACCAAAAGCUUAGCUAUUGAAUGGGCGCACAAUGGUGUUCGGAUCAACUCCAUCGCUCCUGUAGGUAGAAAUGCACACCUCUUGCUCUCUCAUGUUAUGCAGCUUUAAAGCCAUCAUUUUCUUAACCCCUUAAGGACACAUGACAUGUGUGACAUGUCAUGAUUCCCUUUUAUUCCAGAAGUUUGGUCCUUAAGGGGUUAAAGGAACCCUAGAGUGUUAGAACAAACACUUGUAUUCCUAAAGCUAUAGAGCCCCUGUCUCUAUUAAUGUCCAGCCAAAAAAAAAAGCUUUUUACUCACCUUUUUCCAUUGCAGAUACCAUCGGCUAUGCUCACCUCUCCUGCAAUGCCUUUGUCAUCUUCCUGCUAUGGUCCAACUUUGAGAUAACUACUGCUGACUUUAAAGUUACCACUUGGCCUUAACACUAUUAUAUUGUAACCACUACGUGUUCAAUGUGAGCAUAUUGUUUAAUCCCAUCACUCACCUCCUUUUAUGUCUAAUUAGUGAUUUCUUGAUGAUAUUUCCUGUAGGGAACAAUCUUCUCGCAAACUGCUGUUGAAAAUUACAAAGACUACCGUCCUCACCUGUUUCAAAACUAUAUCUCAAAUAUUCCUGCUAAGAGGCUGGGGCUUCCCGAAGAGGUAACAUUGAGUACAGGCCUGACUUUGGGUGCAAAUAGCUGAACACAUUCAUUAUCAUACAGGAACAUAGCUAUAUGCACACCUUUAGACGUCUAUUGUUAUACUAAUAUGCUAGACAUUGCUUCACACUGUUAGAUUUACAAGCUUUAAGAAAACAUUAAUACCUUCCUUAGCUGAAACAUUUCAAUUAAAGGAAUAUUGUGAUCAUUUCUUUCCUGCUUGAAUGACAACAUAGAAGUAAUGGAGGCAGCAAUGUAAAGAAUUCAGUUGUCCUCAAAGAAUGGCAUCUUUAAAGACUGUUUUAACAUUCGGAACUGCACGAAAUAUUGGCUGUCAUUCUCAGACACAUCACUAGUGAGUUAUCUGCCAAUCAUAAUUAAUUGGCAUAGCACAGAGCAGCAAGUGUAACAUUUAUAAAACUAGUUAUAGCUGUGAUUAUCCGUAGGUUGUCAAAAAACAGUUUUAUUACCUAUAGAUAGUGUUCUAGAUUCUAGCUAACAUUCUGACAUGAUAUUACCCAGAUCUCACCCAUGGUAUGUUUUCUGCUCUCACCCGCUGCCUCCUACAUCACUGGAGAGACGGUAAAAGUUGACGCUGGACAGAGCUUGUAUAAGUCACCUUGGGAAGUUCCAGGUAAAAAUGGUCUUUUAUUAAUAUUUAUUUAUCAUCUAUAUCUCGAAUGGCGAGCUGUGUCCUCUUUUUAUUAUCAUUUAAAUAAAAUUAUAAUACGAGUACACAGCUCACCAUUCGAGGGUGCAAGGAUGUCUGCUUCAUCCAAAAGCCACAUAAUAUACGCAAUAAAUUAUGAAUGAUCCAGAAAUAAUAUCUCAAAAACAUAAUCUUUUAUAAGGUGCAAAGCAAAAAGGUGAUGUUUUGGCUUAAUACCAAGUUUUAUCAAACCUUAUAAACUUGAUUUGAUAAAGGCCUGGUGAAAAAUGUAAAAAACAUUUUUUUCCCAUCUAGUUAAUGUUUGUAAAUAUUGAGAAAGUUCUGUGAGUGCACAAGUUACAUUUUGGCUGUUACACAUAGCAUUGGAUUGCUGAGUAUUUUGUAAGGUACAUUUUGGCCUGUGUACACACACACCUUUUCAUCCUUCCUCAGAUCACACCAGAUGGCCUGAUCCACCCGAUGGGGAUAACGCUAAAGCUUUGCAAAACAUGUUGGCAGAUGUCACAAUGUCAAAACGGUAA